CAAAGGAGCAAGUGGGCAGUGGGUGCGCCAUGGAUGGGCCUGGGCUGUGGCCUCUGGGUGACCGCCCUUCCUGAUUGUCCCCUCUACCUCUUUGUGGCUUCCUCUGGGUCUCUCUUUGAGGAUUUUUCUGUUUUUCUUUGUCGCUCUCCCCAUCUGUUUCUCUGUCUCUGGUCUCUUUCCUGCCUCUCUGCCACCCUUUUCUCUUCCACUGAUUUCUGCCAGUCUCAGUCCUGGUCGGCUCCUCUGAGGGGUGACCCACCUUCUGCCUCCCUCCUCAGUCUCACUGGCUCACAGUGGCCCCUGCACUCCACUCUUGCAGAACGUCCCCCACAAGUCCUUGCUGCCCGAGGGCAUCCGCCCUGGCACGGUGCUGAGAAUUCGUGGCUUGGUUCCUCCCAAUGCCGGCAGGUUCCACGUAAACCUGCUGUGCGGGGAGGAGCAGGACUCCGAUGCCGCCCUGCAUUUCAACCCCCGGCUGGACACGUCGGAGGUGGUCUUCAACAGCAAGGAGCAAGGCUCCUGGGGCCGCGAGGAGCGCGGGCCUGGCGUUCCUUUCCAGCGCGGGCAGCCCUUCGAGGUGCUCAUCAUCGCGUCGGACGACGGCUUCAAGGCCGUGGUUGGGGACGCCCAGUACCACCACUUCCGCCACCGCCUGCCGCUGGCGCGCGUCCGCCUGGUGGAGGUGGGUGGGGACGUGCAGCUGGACUCCGUGAAGAUCUUCUGAGCAGAAGCCCAGGCGGGCCCGGGGCCUUGGGUGGCAAAUAAAGCGUUAGCCCGCA